GCCCGCGGUGGGCGGGGCGGGGGGCGGGCUGGGCUGUGCGCUGUGAUUGGGAGCGGGGCAGCGGGAGCGGGCCGGGCCGUGUGUGCGCCGCACAAAAUGCACUCGGAUGGCGCCGCUGUCAAUUUUCAACUGAAUUCUCACCUAUCAACACUGGCAAAUAUUCACAAGAUUUACCACACCCUCAAUAGGCUGAAUCUGACGGAGGACGUUGGUCAAGACGAUCACCAGACAGGAGAGAGACUUUCAAAGAUACGGAGAAUAGGAAGUCUCCGGUCUUGCAGUUCAUCAGACUGCUUUAGUAAAGUGAUGCCUCCAAGGAAAAAGAGGAGACCUGCAGCAGGAGAUGAUUUAUCUGCUAAGAAAAGUAGACAUGAUGGAAUGUACAGAAAAUAUGAUUCAACUAGAAUAAAAGCAGAAGAGGAAGUCUUUUCGAGUAAAAGAUGCUUAGAAUGGUUCUAUGAAUAUGCAGGCACCGAUGACAUUGUAGGACCAGAAGGUAUGGAGAAAUUUUGUGAAGACAUUGGAGUUGAACCAGAAAAUGUAGUAAUGCUUGUUUUAGCAUGGAAGUUGGAUGCACAAAACAUGGGCUACUUUACAUUACAGGAAUGGUUAAAAGGAAUGACAUCACUACAAUGUGAUACUACAGAAAAAUUGAGAAAUUCUCUGGAUUGCUUGAGAUCGUUAUUAAAUGAGCCUACCAAUUUUAAACUUAUUUAUAGAUAUGCAUUUGACUUUGCACGGGAAAAGGACCAGCGCAGCCUAGACAUAAAUACUGCCAAGUGCAUGUUGGGCCUUCUUUUAGGAAAAACAUGGUCUCUUUUUCCAGUAUUUCAUCAGUUUCUAGAGCAAUCAAAAUACAAAGUUAUCAAUAAGGACCAAUGGUGUAACGUUCUUGAAUUCAGCAGAACAAUCAACCUUGACCUCAGUAAUUAUGAUGAAGAUGGAGCCUGGCCAGUAUUGUUGGAUGAGUUUGUGGAAUGGUAUAAAGGAAAACAAAUGACGUAGGAGUUCAACUAUGCACAGCCACUCAAGAGUCACUGUUACCACAGUUAUGUCAACCAUUAGCCAUAAACUGCUAUUUGUAUCAAAGUGCAUGCUGCUUUUCUUGCACUGCGUCCCUUUUGCAGGGAACUUUUGGUGUUUGCCAUUUAACAAGCUAGCUAUGCUUGCUGUGUAGCAUUGUUCUCUUUGAAGGCUGCUUUGCAUUUUGUAUUUACACUACAAAUUGGUGAACUUGCCAGCGUCUUCACUGUGAUUAUGUGUAUAUUGCUGUCGAAAUUUUGUAUAUGUGUAUAAAAAGAAAAGCUUCAACUAGGGAUUAUUUCUGCAGAAAUGUAUUGUUAAAAUAAUUUUGUGGCAUAUUUCUAGUCAUCACUUACAUGUUAGUUGAAACUUUAGUUCUUUUGCUUUUCUUUUUGGUCUCAAAUGUGGCAUUUCAGAAAAUGAACAGACUGCCUGGAAAUAGUUACGGUGAAGAACUAUUGUCAGUUUUCAUGUUACUAUUUGAGAUGCCAAUUUCUGAGGGGAGAAGACAUGCAGUGACUUUCUUAAUGGGAAUUCGCCAAACUUGACCUAUGGCUUAAUAGGAGUGAAGCAUUGAUGUCUUAAAAACAACCACAAAAAUCAUAUAUAAAUAUUAAAACGCUGUAGUAGUUGUACAUGCCACAGUUUAUUUCCAUUUGAAGGAAAAGUACUGACUUUUUCAUGUUAAAACUGCAGUAGUCGUUACAGGUACAAUUGAACAAAUUAAAGUACCUUUUAAAAAAUGAGUUUUAGACUUUUGUAAAUUGCCUUUGGCAUAGUCCUUUUAAUUUCUGUUGUACCAAGUGUGUUUGGAUUUUGUUGCAAUAUAGUGAAACUUAAAGUUCUCGCUAAAAAUAGUGGUCUGGGGAAUAAAAUCUGCUCACCUCUAGCGCGUAGGUCAUAGAGGUUUCUCUUUUCUGAUUUGUGAUGUUGGUCUUUCACAUGGUCUCUAACUUUGUUUCUGAGUAAUUAAACGUGUUGUCAAAAUGUUGCUUUUUCUUUCAUGCUGGGGAUUGGAAUUCCCUAGCAGGAUGCCUGUUGCAGGCAAUGGGCAUGUUAAACACCAGUAUUAAAUGACUACUUUUUAUUAGGGACCACUUCCUACUUCACUAAUUUCUUUAUCUGUGUAGGACAGUUCUAGUAAUUACUUUGGGAAAAGUGAGUGAGUGAAUGGGGUGAUGCUCAGUUUCUGUAUUUUUGUUGCCUUGUCUUUGCCUUACUCUUCUUUAUUAAAAAAACAAAACAACAACCAAACCAUUAGCAUUGACUUUUAUAAAUAGGUUCUCAAAGGAUCCGGUGCUAUUAAACUUUGUUUCCUAAGGAUUUAAUAAAAUGUUCCGUAUUAAUUUGUGGAACGUUUAACAAAAAAGGGCCAGUGGAUACUUCAAAACAAAGAAUAGCAUUACUUUUCUGUAGGAACAUUCGAUGAGGUAUUGGCAGUUCAGAUGUUUUUCAGAAUGCAAUCCAGGGUUUGGGGGAGGGAGGAUGUGUUUUUAGGUUGAAUGUGAAUUUUUCAGCUGUCCUAUUCUGAUAUCACUGAAGUCGGGAACAACUGUUGCUAACUUGGCUACUCUCAGUAUUAGUUCUGCAGAAUCGUGUUGGUUUACUGCCCUGGUCUGGCAGGUUGUACCUGUUGGUAUGGGUAGUCUAAUUGUGUUCAAAUCUGUGUUUUGUUGGUGGUUUUUGUUUGUCAGACUAAGCUGCCAAAGAAAAAAUUGUUCAUAUGUUUGUGUGUAUUUGUAUGUAGGUAAGUAUACAAUAUGUAUUCACAUACAAAGCCCAGAAUUUCAUGAAGCUAAGAAGAAAGUACUACCAUUUCCCAUGAAAGAAUCACCUUUGGAUUUCCAUGACACUAAAUAAAUAAAUAGCAUCCUUUACAGUUAGUAGUGGUAAAACAUAUGUAGUCAUUGCUUUUUCUUUAUUAGUGUAAUCUUAAUUCCAUGUUUGAUGCCAGUUUUGCACAAGACAUUAAUUCAGUUAAGUGUGGUAUUUAAUGUUUACAAUAAGCCUCUUACACACACUUUAGUAAGACUUCUGAUGUAAAUGUGUAUAUUGCCAGAGUAUAACUGUAAGUAAAUAUCAGUGGAACUGCUGAUUUAGUUCUUAGAGAAUGACAUUGGAAGCAAUAUGAUUUGUAACAUCAGGCUACGUUGCGUUUGCUAAAAUUUUAAGUGAAAUACUGUAAUUUUCUUAAGUGUUAGGCUAGUUACUCACUCUAGAAGUUAGCACAAAUACUGCUAAAAUACAAGGUUUGCAUUGAAAGUUUUGUAUGUCACAAAAAUGUGGCUUCCAGUAAUGGAAGCAAGAGCCAAAGACACUUUUAAUCUAUUCCUGUUACAGGUGUCAUUUUCACGUAACGGGGUCAGCAGAAAUCUGUUCAGCUUACCUGGGUGCUCUCUUUCAGGGUUUCUGUAAUGUAUGGCAGGAUACAAAGUUUGAAGGCAAAGAAAAGAGAGAAAAAGAAACCUCAAAGUACUCACGCUGUAUGAGUAAACUUUUUGUUUUCCUCUUUGGAUAAAAGUAAUUUGGAGUGAUGGAAAGUAAGAAUGUGUUUGGGAAGUGAUUAGAUACUGACCAUUGUAUCUGCCACUCGCAACCAAGAUGAAUCUGUGUUCUUUGACAGGUUUAUAAUGAGCAUAAAAGAUAAACCACAAAUGUAACUGUACUAAAAUGUACAGGGAUGGACAGAAGUGGUCUGAGGGGAAAAAAAAGCAACCCAUCAUGGCUUAAUGACCAUCCCUGUUAUCCAUCCUUCUGUUUUUGCUGCAUUUUCUGACCCACAAAGAACCUUAACGCUGCAAGGUCUAGUAUUUUGAAGGAAUUCCCUCUCAUUUUUAAAAAAUUGUAGAAACUUAACUGAGUUCAUUGAAACUUAACUAGGCCACUCAAAUUACUUUUAGUACAAGUUUGGUGUUUGCUUUUUAUUUGUUUUAUUGUCAUACUGUUGAUGUACUUCCCCAUAUCCUUCUUCCCCCCCAUCCCCACGCACACUUGAGCAGUAGUAUACAGAAUGUCCUAAUUUCUUGAAUACUGGGAGGUCUUUCUGGCAGAUGUGUUCCUGGGUCUUGUGCUUAUCCUUUUGGUGUAAUAUAACUGCACUUGUAGCAGAAACAUGAUGAUUUAUUUGCAGUUCAUGCCUGGUACUUAGAAGAUGUAAAAUGGAGAGAGAGUUAAUUAAAGGAAACCAGAUAAGUAUGAGGCAGCAGUUGAUAGUUCACAAACAUUUUAGUGCUCUUUACCGUCCAAAUAGCUGUAUAGAGUAUUAGUAACAAAUAUUCCUCAAAUUAAAUAUACACUAAUUUAAUUAUACAGCAAAAAUACUGUAAAUUAAAUACUAAUUUUAAUUCUUAUUAAUUUUUAUGUUGUUUGUUUUCACAAAGUGCAAGUAAAGGAGGAUGGAAUUUCUUGGAAUGCUUUAUAUAUUUGUGCUUGCAGUUAAAACUUGUUUAUUUUAGCUUAAAGACAGUCUUAAAUAUUUAAGUCACCUAUAUGUGGCCUUUUCUGACAUAUGUAGAGGAUUGAAAGCAUGUCUCAUUUUAUCACGAUUAAAUACAUUUUAUUUUAACACAAAUAAUAUUUGCACAAUCAAAAUCAAUUUUAUCUCAUUGCUAAUUAGUUAAUAUCCCUAAAUUACAUUUUCUUGAGGGAAAGGAGUGGAAUUCAGUUAUGUAAGAGUUUCCCCAGAUUUCUGUUGACCCUUAGCUACAAGUCUUAACAGGUUGUUAAAUGCUCUUGAAAUUCAUAUAGACAGCUUUAAAAGUUACCAUCCCUGCUUCUAAUUGUAAGUACUAAGAUACCUCUUUAAAAGCCUUAUAUUUUACCCAUUCUUAUUGCUGUGUAAGUGUAUAGAACCCGUUCACCAGCUGAAUAGGUCACUGUCUGUAACUGAGACCAAUAUGUGUUUUAUUUUUUUUCCCCUCUCUAUGUACGUGCGUGUGUAUGUAUGUGUGUUGUCACCAAGUAGUUCCUAAUGAAGCUGCUGUUGGAACAGCGGUUAACCUGUAACUGUGAAUGCUUUGUGUCGUAGUUAUUUGGGUAUUACAUGCAUAAGGUGUGCUAAACUCCUGUGACUUACAAACUGGUGGAAAUGCUGUUAUACCACCUUCCAUGAGUUCAUCUGGUUAAUUUUUAGGUCUUUUGCUGGCGUUGAUGUAAAAUGGAAUCCCACAAAUAAAGAGUAUUUGUGUUGGUUUCAGAAA